CGCUGUGGCCGCCGGCAGUGGCUCCCAGCCCGUCCCCUGCCCUCCGUGCGGCUCCGGCUUGCCCACCCCGCUGCCUCCCGCUCCCUGCCGGCUCCCCUGCCUCGGUUCCCGGCGGGCCCGGGCGAUCCGGCAGCUCCCGGGCUUUGUUCGGCUCCGCCGGCCGCUUCAUCCGCAGGGCAUCCUCCGACAAAGCCGAUGUCUGCCGCGCCCGUCCGAUCCCCGACGCUGCGGCCCCACAGGAUGAAGAAAGACGAGUCGUUCCUAGGCAAGCUAGGCGGGACGCUGGCGAGGAAGAAGAAAGCCAAGGAGGUGAGUGACCUCCAAGAAGAGGGUAAAAAUGCUAUCAAUGCACCAAUGAACCCAAGCACCGUGGACAUCCAUCCAGAAGACACACUAUUAGAGGAGAAUGAGGAACGCACUAUGAUUGAUCCUAACUCAAAAGAAGACCCCAAGUUCAAGGAACUGAUCAAGGUUCUAAUUGACUGGAUUAAUGAUGUGCUGGUAGAGGAAAGAAUCAUUGUCAAACAACUUGAAGAAGACCUUUAUGAUGGGCAGGUGCUGCAAAAGCUGCUAGAAAAACUGGCUGACCGUAAGCUGAACGUGGCAGAAGUGACACAGUCUGAAAUUGGGCAGAAACAGAAGCUGCAGACAGUCCUGGAAGCUGUCCAUGAUUUACUCCGACCCCACGGCUGGACAAUCAAGUGGAAUGUUGACUCAAUCCAUGGCAAAAAUCUUAUUUCCAUUCUUCACCUUCUGGUAGCGUUGGCAAUGCAUUUCCGGGCUCCCAUUCGACUGCCUGAACAUGUGUCAGUGCAAGUGGUAGUUGUGCGGAAGCGCGAAGGCCUCCUUCAGACCACGCACAUUACGGAGGAGCUGACGACUACAACAGAGAUGAUGAUGGGAAGAUUCGAGCGCGAUGCCUUUGACACUCUUUUCGAUCACGCUCCAGACAAACUCAGCAUAGUCAAAAAGUCUCUGAUCACCUUUGUGAACAAGCACUUGAAUAAACUGAAUUUGGAAGUAACAGAGUUAGAAACCCAGUUUGCAGAUGGUGUUUACUUGGUUUUGCUCAUGGGUCUCCUUGAAGACUAUUUUGUUCCACUUCACAACUUCUACUUAACACCUGAAAGUUUUGAUCAAAAGGUCCAUAAUGUUUCCUUUGCUUUUGAGCUGAUGCAAGAUGGAGGACUGAAGAAGCCCAAAGCUCGCCCUGAAGAUGUUGUCAACUUGGAUCUGAAGUCUACUCUCAGGGUUCUAUACAACCUGUUCACAAAGUACAAGAAUGUUGAAUGAUCCUGGAAGCUGCUGAGGUCUUCAUUCUUCCAACCUCCUGAGGCAGAAAUCACAAUGAACUCCCUCUGCAUGCUCCCAUUGUGCCUUAUGCUAUACUUAUGCAUUCUCUCUACAGCUGUGGUCUCUCUAUAGCUGUUUGCCUGACAUUCCCACUGGAAGUAAUACAAGUGUAUUCUCUAGGUCACUUGAAAAAUAUGUAGGUAUGUCACACUUUUACCCAAAGAUAUUGCUGGUUCUGUUGUUUGUGAUGAUCAACAUGUUCUUUUGAUAAAGGAAAUAUACCACUAACCCCUAUCCCACUGAGCAGGGAAAACAUCAGACCUUCCUCGUGGCUGGAGAGUCUUCAGUCCUACAGUUCACUUUCUUUUACAUACUCCUCGGUUGCAACUGGUAUUUGAUGAUUUUCCCAUCUUAAUUGUUAUCAAUAGAAAGUCAGCACUGACAUUUAUUUGGAAGGUGACCCUUUUCUGUUAGAAAUAAGGGUUUCUGUGUGCUGUUGGGGGAGUGGGGAUGAGGGGAAUUACAAGCACUGUCUGAGGCUGAUGGCAAAAGCUUCAGGUUUUGUGUUAAUCAUAUGCUACUCAGUGUUAUUUCCAUACACUGCUUACACAGAAUAUACCUUGCAAUGGGAUCAGCAGCUAAUCUUUUUGAUGUCCACUUUUUAAUUCAUCUCCUGACUAGGAGAAAUUUAUUUGCUAGAGCCACUGUCACCUGUUAAUCAUAGAGCUUCAAUCAGGUCAGUCAGGAACUGGUUAGAUGGGCACAGGCUGGAAUCCCAGUCCCUGGAGGUAAGAGAGGAAGUCUGGAGAAUGGAAAACUCUCCCUGGGUCAGUGAGGACUGUGUUAGAAAUCACUUGGGCAGAGGUCUGUGGAUAAAUGUUGCAGAGGGAAAACACGUUUUGCAUUCCUUGUUGCCCUGCUGUCUAGCCAGGUCUCUCUUCCUGUAGGUACUACACUUAUUGUUAACCAGAUUCACAGUAGGGUGGGUUUAACUGAACUGGAGCUUCAUCCUGAUCAAUCCAGUUUCCAGGAAGAGCAAUGUGGGUAAAGCUGCCUUAAACUCCUGCUCUUCUCUCCUUUCUGCUGCCCAUGUGUGGUACUUUUUCCUCUCAAAAAGAUAAGUCAAUGUGAACAUUUUUAUUCAAGACCUCUUUGUGAUACUGGAGUUUUAGAUCUGUUCCCAGGGAGUCAGUGGGAUGGAUCUGAAUGCUCUUGAGUUCAUCUGGAGAGCUGAAUGCUCUGCAGCAUUACAGCUUCCACAUUUGUCAGUACUUAAGGAACAUCUGUCUUUUCCAGUCCACAGCACUUGCCUUUUAGAUGCAUCUGCUCGACAUACUGACUUACAGUGAGCCUUAUUAGCACAGAAGCAGCACAGCUACUCCUCAGCUGCAUCCUGUUUCUGAAGAUGAAAACCCAACAGUGGCAGAUUUUUGGAGAUCAGUUUAAGCCUCCUGGGACUUUUAACCCCUCUUCCUCCCAGCCCAGUGCUUUCAGUAUUAAUGGAUUUUUUUAAAGAGGUUUUUUUCUACUCUUUUUUAACAGUGUUUACUCUGGAUUUCUAACUACUUAAAACCAGCCUUACAGAUAAAAUUCUGGACUUGUCAUGGCCUUUGUGACAAGAGUUGUGUACUGUGAGCAAGUCAAAAUGCAAUGCUAUGUUUGCUAAAAAUGCCAGCACGAGUGUUAUGCAUGGUCUGUGACAGUUGUGCUAUU